CCCCACACCCAAUCCCGUCGCCCCGUAACUCUGCUUCCUUCCAGUCCCCACCAAGUUGUUUAUUUGCUUCGCUGCGUGCUGGAGCCAUGGAAGUUGGUGGUUAGGAGGACUCCCAGCGCCCCCACUGGAUACGUAUUAAAAUAAUGGAGCCCAAAGAAUCAUUGAAAUCCACUGGAAGGGAGGAAAGAGGGAAAAGUGUUCACUUUCAUCCAUCCUUUAGGGGUGGUGCUUCUGUCAAGACUCCAGUAUCUACAUCUACCCUGUCUGCCUCUUCUCAAUCUGACUCCAAGCAACCUGUUCGGUGUGACUUGCCAAAAGGGUUAGGAAGCAAUGUGCCACAGCCGGAUCUCUCCAAAGCAGUGUCACUCUCAAUGGGACUGUAUAUGGGUGAAACCGAUACAAAAGUAAUGGGAAAUGAACUUGGAUUUCCACAGCAAGGCCAAAUCAGCCUCUCCCCUGGAGAAACAGAUUUUAGACUCCUUGAAGAAAGCAUAGCAAGCUUGAAUAAAUCCUCUAGUCUGACAGAAGGCUCGAAAGGAGUUGCAUCUACUGAUGUGUCCCUAGAACCAGAUUUCCCAGCUAUGACUAGUCGUGAUCUUACUUUAAAUCAAGGGUCUUUAGCACAAGGCCAAGUUGACAGUAACAGUGGCAACUUGAAGCUCUUUUCGGAAGACCAAAGCACUUUUGAUAUUUUGCAAGAUUUUGAUUUGCCCCCGGUGUCUCCUGGAAGAGAAACAAAUGGAAGCCCUUGGAGAAUGGAUCCUGUUCUGGAUGAAAGUAGCUUGCUUUCGCCUCUUGGUGGGGAUGAGAGUUUUCUUUUGGAAGGAAAUGAAAUGGAGGAUUGCAAGCCUCCCAUUUUACCAGACACAAAGCCUAAUAUUAAUGAAUGUGAGGAUCUUUUGUCAAGUUCUACAAUGCAGAUGCCACAAGUGAAAACUGAAAAAGAAGAUUUUAUUGAAUUGUGUACCCCUGGAGUAAUAAAGCAGGAGAAAAUGGGCACAGCUUACUGCCAGGCUACUUUUUCUGGGUCAAGGAUGGUUGGAACUAAAACAUCUGCCAUUUCUGUUCAUGGUGUUAGUACUUCUGGAGGACAAGUUUACCACUAUGAUUUGAACACUGCGUCUGUCACUCAACAGCAGGAUAAGAAACCAGUUUUCAAUGCCAUUCCAUCUCAUUCUGCUAGUUCAGAAAAUUGGAAUAGGUGCCAGGGAUCUGGAGAUGAUGCCCUUGCGCCAUUGGGGGCUUUGAAUUUUUCAAACAGAUCUGUCUUCUCUAAUGGAUAUUCAAGCCCUGGAGUGAGAUCUGAUGUGAGCAGUUCACCAUCUACCUCUUCAGCAACUACGGGACCACCUCCCAAGCUUUGCCUUGUUUGCUCAGAUGAGGCUUCUGGGUGUCAUUAUGGUGUCCUGACAUGUGGCAGCUGCAAAGUAUUCUUCAAAAGAGCUGUGGAAGGACAGCACAAUUAUCUCUGUGCUGGAAGAAAUGAUUGUAUUAUUGAUAAAAUUCGGAGAAAGAACUGCCCUGCUUGUCGCUACCGGAAAUGUCUUCAAGCUGGGAUGAACCUUGAAGCACGAAAGACAAAAAAGAAAAUAAAAGGAAUUCAACAAUCCAGCGUGCCUGCAGGAAGGGAUACUGCUGAAAAUCCCACAAACAAAGCUAUAGUUCCUGCCUCACUGCCACAGCUGACUCCUACCCUAGUUUCCCUGCUGGAAGUCAUUGAGCCAGAAGUGAUGUUUUCAGGCUAUGACAGCACAAUACCAGACACAACUUGGCGCAUAAUGUCAACUCUCAAUAUGUUAGGUGGAAGACAAGUGGUUGCUGCAGUGAAAUGGGCAAAGGCAAUACCAGGCUUCAGAAACUUGCAUCUAGAUGACCAGAUGACUCUACUGCAGUAUUCGUGGAUGUUUCUGAUGGCUUUUGCUCUAGGAUGGAGAUCAUAUAAACAGUCUAAUGGAAGUCUACUAUGUUUUGCUCCAGAUUUGAUCAUUAAUGAGCAGAGAAUGAAUUUACCAUGCAUGUAUGAUCAGUGCAAACGUUUAUUGAUGGUUACUAAUGAGUUAGCCCGUCUUCAGGUUUCCUAUGAAGAAUAUCUCUGCAUGAAAACUUUGCUCCUUCUCUCUACAAUUCCUAAGGAGGGCUUAAGGAGUCAGGCUCUCUUUGAUGAAAUUCGUAUGACAUACAUCAAAGAGUUGGGGAAAGCCAUUGUGAAGAGAGAAGGAAACUCUAGUCAGAACUGGCAACGAUUUUAUCAACUAACGAAACUUUUGGACUCCAUGCAUGAUGUGGUUGAGAAUCUUCUAACUUUUUGCUUCCAAACAUUUUUGGAUAAAUCCAUGAGUAUUGAGUUUCCAGAAAUGUUGGCAGAAAUUAUCAGCAAUCAGUUACCAAAAUAUUCAAAUGGGAAUAUCAAGAAGCUCCUAUUUCAUCAGAAGUGACUGCCUUAAUACAGAAAGGUUGCCUUAAGAAAAAAAAAAGUCAAAUUAUAACUUCUUUUUUUAUAAACUAAGAGAUUUUGUUAUUGUACCUAUAUUAGGUAUUUUUGUUUUUGUUUUGUAAUUAUGCACUACAUGUGGUUUACAGAGGGCCAAGAUCUAGCUUUUAGAAGACACCUCAACUGAAUGAAUACAAGAAGAAAGAAAAAGAAAGAAGUAUGGCUUGGAAUUUUUCCUCUAUAUAUACCAUCAUGCUGGCAGUAUAGAAUGCAUCAAAAGCAGCAUUGUCAAAUUUGGAAUCUGCAUUGUCAACAUUCUGCUAGGAGUUUCUGCAGUUGGCUGGUUAAAAUUUUCUAGAUUUUUGUUUUGGUAUAGAUUGUUUUGUAUAGUUAAAGUAGCAUUUUUGAUUUAUGCAUGUAACAUGAGGAAAGUUUACAACUGUAUAUCAGAAAAGGGAAGUUGUGCCUUUUAUAGCUAUUACUGUCUGGUUUUAGCAAUUUCCUUUACCUUUAUAUACAGUGGACUAGCUUGCUCAUUUUUUCUUACAUAAUUUUUGUAAAACUUCAAGAUGCCUAUUGUACAGCUGUUUUUAAAGUGGGGCAGCUCAUAGCUUAAUGACUUCUAAAUAAUGAACUUCAAGUAUAAUCAUAUGAAUAUAAGGUGGCUUGUCUAAUAUGACUGUCCUAAUAACCCUUCUAAAUUUGGCCUAUAAUUCAGCCUUCUUCAGUGGGGAAUGGGGAUUGAAAUGUAUUCCAAAUCUAACCUGAACACUGGAAUUGCUUAUUUUUUGAUAUCAGUCGUGCAUGUUCUGUGAGCUACUAGAAAACUAGCUUUGUCUUAAAAAGUGUUAAUGAACACAAACAUUUUUAAAGCAGCCUAGAUAUUUGCAUUUAAUGCAAUAGCCAUAAUUGUAAGAAUCUUGGGCUGGAUUGACAUUAAAAAUAUCAGUCUUGAUUGCCCAUCAGGAAACUUUCAGGAAAAUAUGCAUAAUUGUUCAAAAGUUUACUUAUACAUGGAGAAAUUAACUUUUUCCAUACACAAUUAUUGCCAUAUACGUGUGUACUUCAAUGUGUAUCAGUGUAUAUUAUAUAUACAAUGGCCACAAUCCAGAGCAGCUAUAUCGUGCAUACCAAAAUCGAUGUGCACAGAAAUUGGCAUAUCUGUUCUCAUUCGACACUCGGACAUUGCAGAACCUCUGCUUUUAAAAUUUACAUGUAGAAAAAACAGUAUUGGUAGCCUAUUCAUAUUUUUCAGAACAAAUAACAAAUUUACCUCUUUUGGGAUCUCAGAAUUGGUAGAUUCUAAAGGGAAACCUCUUCCCUCAAAUGUGAUCAGAACUGCUAGAAAGUAGGGUGAAAAGUUUCAGACUUAAUAUGAUGGGCAGUGCAUAUCCAGUGGAUUAGGGUCCCUGGAGUCUAAACCCCACCUAUUCUUGCAGUAGCUAUAUUGACUCCCAAUAAAGCAGUUCAGCAAGCCAGUUUCUGUUGUUAGAUUGCACACUGGAUUGAAGGCAAAUGUAUACAACCCUGACUCCAUUUUAAGUUAGAAGUUGAUGACUACAUUUCUCUGUGCGUGUAUGGGUGAUAUACACACAUAC